CAUUUGCUUUCGUAACUGUUUGUCACUUGUAAGGAAGGCAGCCAGGAGCUCUAUUGCCAACAAUAUUGAUUGUUCCCGCCCAAACUGGGGCUUAGAAGCCAUGUCCUGCUUAUUGUUUUAAUAAAGGAAAAGCAGAAAAUUAAAAUGCGAGCACUCUUUGUCGGCAUGCUGCUCGCUGUGGCCUUGAAUGGAUCGCAUGCAGUCAGCGCCCCCGCCACGCAAGCGAUAAGGGAGCCAGAAUUUGCGUGCGCAGACGUGAAUAGUGCCGGGUCGUGCGAAUGGACGGACUCAACGGCGCAAGGUGUCAAGCCCAGUUCCGACGUGCAGACGUGCACAGCUGCGGAUGCUGCAGCCGACAGUGCGGCAGCAGCCGCGGCGGCAGUGCCCGUGUCCUCUACUUCGGACAGUACACACGAGGAAGGCAUUUCACAGGCAGCUGCUUCAGCAGCUGCGUCGGCUGGCUUGGCGCCUGCGGCUGCGGCGCCUGAGGCAGCGCAAGCGCAGGCUGGUAGCGCAGAUGCGGCCGCGCCGCCUCCGCCUCCGCCUCCUCCUGCGGCACCUCCUGCGGCACCACCCACAUCACCUACACCUGCGCCCGCGAAUCCGCCGCCAGCGCCUCAGCCUGAGCCAGUCGCAGCGCCCGCCCCUGCGACUGCUUCCACCCCUGCGGAGCCGGGGGCCGCAGCCGCUGAUGCCUCCCCUGCUCCAGCUCCGGCACCAGCUUCCGACACCGCUGCAAACGCCGCCGUCGACACCGCCGCAGCCGGCAUCGGCGGCGCAACCGCCGGCAGCGACGCGGCCCUUGAGGAGCUGCGUGCACUGCUGCUGCAGGCCCGACAGGCUGUAGCAGCUCUGGAGGCGGCUGUAGCGCAGCAGGAGCGGCGGUUAGGUCUGCUGGCGGCUGGUGGCGGCGGCAUCGCCGCCGCCGCUGGCGGCGACGCCGUGGCUGCGGUGCUGCGGACCCUGGGUUCGGAGCCCGCCGCCACCUCCCUCGCCGUCCGCCAGGCGCUGGCGGCGGCGCUGCAGCAGUUGCUGCGGGAGCGCGGCGCGGCAGUAGCAGCGGCGGCAGCGGGAGCCGCCGGGGCGGCGCCAGGCGCCGCCACCAGCCUGGGGGGCGGCGGCGCCGGGGUGUGGUCGGUAAGUCAGCCACUUGUAGGUGGUGGCAGUGCCGCCGCAGACGUGGCAGACAUCCUGCCGUCGCUGGCUGGCGGCGCCGCCGCCGGUAGCGACUGGCUAUCACGCCACUUCGGAGUGCGCACGGCGCUGCAGCUGACGCCGGCGGCGCCGGCAGCACCGCCGCCGCCGCCGACGGCGGCAGAGGGCCAGCCACCACCCCCGCCGCCUCCGCUGCUGCCUGCAGCGCCGGCCGCCCUGACCUGCGCCUUCGUCCACGAGCUGCCGCACCCCAACGCCGCCUCCGCCGGCGGCGGCGCGGUGUCGUACCUGGUGGCGGGCGACGCCGCCGGCAUGCUGUACCUGCUGCGGCCCGCCGACGGCGCCGUGCUGGCGGCGGCGCCCACCGGCACCGACUCCGCCGUCACCGCCUGCUCCGCCUACUUCGUCCGCAAGCUGGAGAGCGUGGUGGUGACGGGGCACGCUAACGGCCAGACACGCAGCUUCUCCGUAGUGCUAGCGGACCUGGCCGGCUUGAAUCCGCAGCAUCCGCAGCAUCCGCAGCACCCGCAUGCGCAGCACAAGCCGGGUCAGGGGCAUGCGCACGGCGGUGCGGCGGGCGGCGGCGCGGCCGCCGCCGCGGCGGCAGCGGCUGCAUCGGGCGGCGCGCACCCCAGCCAUGGGCUGGGUCCGGGGAUGCGCGUGGCGGCGCUGUCGCUGAAGCACGUGGUGCCGGGCAUGCCGCCGGGUGCGCUGCCCUGGGCGGCUGUGGAGGAGCUGAUUGGGGGAGGCGGAGGGGCGGCCGCAGGAGCAGGCGGAGUAGGAGGAGCGGGAGAUGCAGGAGCGGCAGCACGGGGAGAGGCCUCCGGCGUGGGCGUGGGCGCGGGCGGAGGCACGGGCGCGGGCGGGCGCACCGGCGGCGGGGGGCUGCAUGGCGGCUUCGGCGCGGGCGGGUCGGGUGCGGACCUGGAGGCCGGGGCGUACACAGGGCCGCCGGCGCCUGUGAUGCACAUCCUGCCGUACAGGCUGGGCCACAAGGUGGGCGGGCGGCGGCACGUGAUGGUGCUGGACCGCGCCGGCAACGUGCGGCUAGAGCGCGACAAUGGCACGGCACGGUUCUGGGGGCGCACCAACAGGACGCAGCUGGCGGUGCGGUUCGUGGGCACGUACGCGGUGAUGCUGUCGGCACACCACACCACACUGCUGAACACGCUGCAGCCCAGGCAGCCGCGAGCAUUCCCGUGCCACCACCUGAACGGCUCGCGUCUGGUUGCCGCCGCCUUUGACACCACCCGCGCCUUCCGCUCCUACGGCGUCAACGCGCGCGGAGAGCUGCUCACGCUGGUCACGCCGCACGAGGGCCGCCUCACAGCCUGCAAGGUGCACCGUGCCACCCCCAUGCCCUGGCUGGACCCCACCUACUCCUCCGCCGCCGCUGGGGCCAUCCCGGGUGUGUUCCCCUCCGCCCCGCCCUCCGGCGCCGCCGCCCCGCCUCCCCCGCUGCCUGCCUCGCUACUGCCCAGCCUGGCCCUGACGCCCCUGCGCGGCUACCUGCUGCUGAGCGCGGGGCGGCGGCGGGUGCUGUUCAACGUGACGGGCGUGCCGCGGGCGGGGCAGGGCAUUCCUGCCAUUGCGGCGGUGGCGGAUGGCGACCUGGUCGCCGCGGCGCCCUCGGUGGUGGCAGCGCCGCCGCCCCCGCCGCCGGCGGCAUCCUCGGCCGAGUCCCCGGCGGCGGCGCUGCCAGCCUCUGCUACUGCCGCCUCCGGCAGUAGCAACAGCGACAGCGCCUACCUGAUCAACGGGCUACUGCCCACGCCGCCGGUGGUGGCGGUGGGCCCGGGCAGCCAAGUGCUGCUGUUGGGGCUGCAGCUGCCGCCGCUGCCACCACCCGCGGAGCCGGCGCCGGCACCGGCACCAGCACCGGCACCGGCUGCAGAGGGUGCCGCGGGUGCCGCGGGUGCCGCGGCGGAGGCUGCUGCAGCUUCAGCCGGUGCAGCUGUUGCUGCUAGGGCUGGUGCAGGGUCAGUGGGUGUGGGUGCGGGGUCGGGUUUGGCGAUGCUGGUGGUGUUGGACUCGCACCUUCCCAAACCGCCCGCCGCCAACGCGGGCGCCAAGAUGUGGGUGCAGCCGCUUUUCAUCGGCGGCAUGCUCCUGGUCGGGCUGUACCAGUUUUGGCGGGUGAGCUCGGUGCGCAGCCAGCGCCGCGGCGGCCCGGGGCCCAUGGGUGGCGGCGCCGGCGGCGCAGGGUUCGGUCGCCGCGCGCGCAGCCGCUACGGCGGCGGCGGAGCGGGAGCGGGGGCAGGAGCAAGCUAUGAUGGGGACCCCUACGACCGGGUGCCGUUACAGCCGCGGAGUGCGCUGCGGCGCGGCGGCGGACGCGACCGGCCCACGGGGCGAGUGACGUACGCGCCCGCGCCCUCCUUCGAUGACGAUGACGACUUCUAGGGUAGGUUUUACAACAUGUACCGGGAGUGCUAGGCAACUAGGACUAGGAUAAGCAAUAGGAGGCGCGCGUAGGCAUCUGAGGUGCGGUGCCUGCUUUUAGAUAAGUUGCUUGCGGCUGUGCCACCAGCUUGGCACUGGGCACGGGCGACAGGAUUAUUGGCUAGAUACAUAGGCGCGGUUGGCUACAGGGCAUGGGGAUGCGCGGGGCUGGGUACUGCGCGUGCGCGCAGUAUCUGGUAUCGUGCGUUGCGGUGUGUGUGUAACGGGUGGGGCAUGGGUGCUUGAGGGAUGCGUGGCUCGGUCGUGACUGCGAGGUUGCGACGGCGAUGGCGAUGGCAAGAGCGACCAGGAUGUCGCGUGGGGGUCGAGAGGUGAGGAUGUCGCGUGGGUGUCGGGGGCACCAUCCUGAAAGUGCGCAAGGAGCGGAAGGCCAAGGCGGAGGCGGCCAAGAAGGCCCGCAUGGAGGCCAAGACGGAGCACGCGGCGGCUGGCGAGGAGAGCGAGUGAGGAGAUGGCAGUGCGCUAGCAGUGAUGAUGGUGGGACGGUUGCUUGUCGGAGCAGCGAGCAAGUCCAAGCGAUGGAGGCAAGGGAUGGCGGCCAGCAGGUGGACAUUAACACUUUCGCACAGCACAGUAUGGGCGAUUGGAGGAAGUGCAGGUGUGGAUAGGAUGAUUCGCCAGCGUGCGGGUUUGCGUUCCAAGGCCGCGGGCUAGCGCGCUCGUGUUUGGGCCGUGGCGUGGGGACGGCCCCGCGCGUGGAACCGCGUUCCAGGGUUCAACUUGACUGGACCGAUCGACGAUGAAGCGGCAGGUUCUAAAAGCUACUUCCUAGUGUCCAAGCAUAAUGCUAGGUGAUUGAAUAAUUGUAUCGCAUGUCAAAUCAGUUUAGAAGGCCUUAGGCCGACUUGAAGGCCUCGACCAGGUUCUCCAUGGACGGCGGGUAGGUGUACUCUGCUCGCGACUUCCAACUUAAAGACACUAAACAUCCAAUCACGACACCCGUUGAAUUGCGAUGCCCAUGUGAGUUGAACUCUGCCACCAAGCCAGACUUGCUGUUACACAUCGUGCUUUUCAGUUCGAGUCAGUGACCACAAAGUGGCGGGCGUGGAGCGGGCAUACCGCGCGCGAGUGUUUGGGCGAUAAACAAACAACCA